AUGAUCUUCUCGCUGUUUGUCUUCGCCCUGGAGACCUCCAACGCCGUGCAGGUGGUGCCCAGGGAGAAUGGCAGCGACGUCAAGAUCUACGACGUGCAUGGCACCUUGUUCUUCGGCAGCACCUCCCACUUCCUGGAGCUCUUCCCUGAGGACACCCUGGCCAAGGACCCAGAGGACGUGCGGCUGGUCUUCGAGACGGGCCACGUUGUGGACUUCUCAGCGGUGCAGGCGCUGAACAAGCUGGGGGAGCGCUACGGCGCCAAGGGCAAGCGUCUCACUCUGCAGCAGCUUAUGCCCAAGACCCACCGGGUGCUCUCCAGGGCGCAGGGCCUCCUCACAGAAGAGAUCACCUUGGUCCUGGAGGAGGACACGGUGCUGCCCAGACCAGCAGCACAGGAGUUCAACCCGCAUCUACACAUCGAGCGGGUGCCAUCCGUGGACUUCUCCUACGUGACUCGCCAGAGAUCCAACUCUACAGACAGAGAGGAGCAGGAGUCCGCCUGA